AUGAGUGAGGGGAAGGAAGAUGGGUACUACAGCGCUCACGUGGGGGAUGUGCAGACUAGUAAUCUGUCCAUGCAAGACAGCUCAACCCAGAAUUGGAGUGAUAGCUCACAGACCGAAAGUCACCCUCCAGAAAGUGCUCAGCAGCAGUUCCGGAACUUCUGCUACAAUCAAGUCCCUGGACCACUAGAGGCUGCCAGCAAGCUUCAGGAAUUGUGUUUUCAGUGGCUGAUGCCAGAGACCAACUCAAAAGAGCAGAUCCUGGAAGCUCUGGUGCUAGAGCAGUUCCUGAGCAUUCUGCCCCAGGCAAUGAAGAACUGGGUGCCAAAGCAUCUUCCACAGGAUAUCAGUCAGGCCGUGGCUCUGGUUGAAAUCUUGCAGACAGAGCCUGAUGCAGUGCCCAAUGAGAGCGUGUUGACAUUGGAAGAUAUAGAGACGCAGUUUUCUAAGGAGGAAUGGUGUUCACCAGAUCCUUCUCAGAAGACACUCUACAAUGAUGUAAUGCUGAACAUCUACAAGAUGGCCACCUCUCUAGGGUGAAAGCCUGAAAAUGACAUGGGAAAUGACCAGCCUGUGUCUGCCUCUACAUCAGAAAUAGAAGCAAGACCAUCAAAAGUAUCAAAGACCACAAAGAAAGCUGCCCAGAAGAAAACCAACAGGAAAAGUCACGCAGAUACACGCAGGGAUGGGGACAUAGUGGGAACGACAUGCAGGAACACAUUCUAUAAAGACCAGUGCUGGUUAGAUUCAGAAGGUUAUUCUCAGGGCCAGCAGGCAGUCCUUGGCUUUCCUGAUGGGCCUCGUGUUUUACUGUUUGAAGUCACCCCACCAAUCAUGGUUCUUGUGUUCAGCAUUCGAGAUGUCAAUUAA